CUCCACCCAUUCUCGUAAAGGAGAUAUCAAAAUGUCUUCCAAUGGAGAGAGUGUUCCAAAGAUUGUACUUAUCCCUCACUCUCGCUCUCAUCCUUUUGCUCAGAGAGAAUGUGUCCUUAGUGAGCCACUAAAGGUCGGCCGGCCUGUGGAUAAGAAGAAAAUAUCUCAGAACAACCUCAUUUUUGACUGUCGCGUUUUGUCCAGAAACCACGCUCUUAUAUGGUUCGAGAAUGGAAAAUUUUUCAUCAAAGACACUAAAAGUUCUAACGGUACGUUUGUUAAUGAAUGUCGUCUGUCUCCUUCUGGAGAGGAGAGCUCACCGACUGAAAUGAGAACAAGAGACAUAGUUCAGUUUGGAGUUAAUGUGAACGUGGAGAAGAAAGUCACACAUGGCUGUAUCAUUGCCACUGUUAAAUUAUUCAUUGAUGAUAAGGAGUUACCAGGACCUGAUCCAGACAUACAGCAAGUCAUGAGUAUUAUCCAAAGUGCCUUACUCCGGGAGCAGGAGAUCGAGACGAAGCUGGCCUGUAUGCAGGAAGUCCUGGUAGUCACACACAACUUGGCUAAUGAUAGUAUGAUUAGUAUAGUAAAAGAGGAUGAGUUGCUCUCGCGGCUGGAGAUGUUAGAGAACCAGCUCCAGGUAUAUUCUAAAAAUAUUACCGAGGAUGAGCUGAGGAAGCAGCUGGUGGCGUCCUUUGAAGAGAAGCACAAAAAAGAGAUAAUAGCUAAAGAAACGAUACAGACAAUGCUUCAAGAGAAGAUCAGUACUACAUCUAAACUAUCUCAACUCCAACGUGACUAUGACAAGGCGGAGGAGGAGUGUCAGAGAUACAGAACACUCUAUGAUAGUCUGAAACACGAGCAUUCUCAACAAGUUACUAAACUUAAUGACGCCAUCAAAGCAGCUGAAAAGCAGAAGUUGGAGGAUGACAAUAAAAGCAAAGAGGAAAGGGACUUGCUGCAAAUUGAAAUUGAAACCGUUAGGAAUGAACUGGAAUUAACUAGACUACGUUUAAAGGAAACAGCUGAUGAAUUAUUAGAAGUGAAAGAAAAGUUAGAGAAUAUUGAUAAGCAAUCAAUGAAUAUCAUUAAUCAUGAGGUUACUGAGGAUUCUAAUGUACAAGAAAGAGUUAAUGAAGUAGCUUUAAUGGACGUCAAUAUUUCAACAAAUUUAUUAGCGUCAAAUGAUAUUAAAGAAGAAGCUGAUGCUACAAUUCACGACGUUACCACUAAAAGUGACUUGAAAAUCGCACAAAGCAAAGUAUCUCAUCUCACGGAGGAACUAGGUACUCUAAAUAAAGCCCACCUCAUUCUUCAGUCUCAAGUGGAAGAGCUAAAAGUUCAGUUGCAUGAUAAAGAAUUGCUUGAGGAGAGAAAAGCUGCAGCUGCUCGUGAUCUUAAAAUGACAAUAGAAUAUCAGAAGAACGAGAUUGAAAAACUGAAAAAUCAGCUAAAGGCAAAGGAGGUUCCGCUGUCUGAUGUAACAGAUUUACCGUCCGAACUGGAGCAGUGUCAGGGUCAGUUACUUGAGAUGAGACGACACUCUGAACUCACUGAAGAGAGACUGAGGGAGAAGGAGACUGAGAUUAGCUUCAUUAUACAAGAGAAGAACAGUUUGGAGGAUCGACUCUCAUCCUUGAAACAAAAUCACACCAACGUACUGGAGGAGAGCAGACGGAACGAGGCUCAGUUGCAGUUGGAACUAAAUGAAGCUCAAUCAGAGGCCAAGUCACUUACGUCUCAGUUGCAGCUCCUUCAAGAAACCUUGUCUGAGAGUCUUUCUCCUAAUCUUGCUUCGUCUUCGGAGGUUUCAUUACUCGAGGCCCCGCCCUCUCCCGAUACUCGUAUCAAAAUAUUAUCAAUUAUAACACUAGUGUCAAUAGCUGUAGCUCUCAUAUCAACUGCUUUUGCUUAUUUCUUUUAGUAACUUUCUCCCUCCCCUCUCUCUCUCUCUCUCUCUCCUUGUAUCUCAUUACAAAUCAAAAUCUGAGAUUUCUAAUUAGAGCCCAUCUCUUCUAUCAUAGGUUUCAGUAAUUGAACUGUGCAUACACUUAACCUGUUAUUAUUAUUAUUAUUAUUAUUAUUAUUAUUAUUAUUAUUAUUAUUAUUAUUAUUAUUCGUUAUUGUUAUUAUUAUUAUUAUUAUUAUUCGUUAUUGUUAUUUAUAAGAUUAAUUAAUGAAAUAAUCCACCUGCUCUUUUCCCCUCCUCUCUCUCUCUCUCUCUCUGAUUCUUGUUCUUUAACAAGUUUUCUUUUUAAAAAUGUUGAGUGGCAUUAACAACAAUUAAGAA